AUGGAAUCCGAGAUCAAGUCCUUCCUGCCCACUAUUGAUCCUAUCAUCUCGGAAUACUCCGUUGGUUACCUCACACAUGCAUCCAAUGCUUUUGUGCCAGAUGCAGAAUCUACGGGACCAUCACCUCUAGAAGAGGCAGCUGUAUCCAUUACUUCUCUUCUUGUCUCUGCUUCAGGAGACCCAUCGCCGGAAAAUGAGGCCAAAAUCAGUCAGCUUGUGGACAAAUGGGUGAAAAAAUUCAAUGCUGCCGCAAAUGGGCAACGGAAGCAGAUGUCGUCUACGGCCAGAAGGCUAGACCAGGCAAUUCAAGUUGGAGCUCAACGUAAUAUGUCAUCUACUCUGGGAGUCUCUACUGGUGGCGUAGAUUUAGAGUCAGCGGGAACAAGGAAACUUGAGUCCAAAGUUGACCGCAAGAAACUCGAGAAAGCUGAGCGGAAAAUUGCUGCAAAGCAGAAUAAGAAGACUUUCAAGACGGUUGAGUACGAAGCUUCCAAGCUGAUCAAUCAAACCGAUGAUGCUCAAUCAUACGAAGAAUUUUUCAUGGCUGUCAAUCCUUUGCAACUGGGGGGCUCUCAGGGACAGAAGAGCAAGGAUAUCAAGUUGGACAGCAUCGAUGUCUCAAUUGGCGGUCUACGUAUCUUGACAGAUACCACUUUAACUUUAGCGUUUGGUCGAAGAUACGGUUUAGUUGGUCAGAACGGUAUCGGAAAGUCCACUCUUUUAAGAGCUCUGGCCCGCAGAGAACUGGCAAUUCCAACCCACAUUUCGAUUCUUCACGUUGAACAAGAGAUUACUGGAGACGAUACCCCUGCAUUACAGGCCGUUCUAGACGCAGAUGUGUGGAGAAAGCACUUGCUUGCAGAACAAGUGAAAAUCACAAAGCAGCUCGCAGAUAUUGAAGCAGAGCGAUCGAAUAUGGCCGAUACCUCCGUUGAUGCUGAAAAGCUAGACCGAGAUCGAGAGGGCUUAGAUCAAACUCUUGGAGAUAUCCAAGCCAAACUGGCAGAAAUGGAAUCAGACAAAGCAGAAUCUCGAGCUGCAUCGAUUCUUGCAGGUCUUGGAUUCUCAACGGAACGACAACAGUUUGCUACCAAGACGUUCUCUGGAGGUUGGCGUAUGCGUUUGGCUUUGGCACGAGCCCUUUUCUGCGAACCUGAUCUCUUACUUCUAGACGAACCGUCGAACAUGUUGGACGUCCCAUCUAUCACUUUCUUGGCCAACUAUUUGCAAGGUUAUCCGAGCACGGUUCUGGUAGUCAGUCACGACAGAGCAUUCUUGAAUGAAGUCGCAACAGAUAUCAUACAUCAACACUCCGAGCGUUUGGAUUACUACAAGGGAGCCAAUUUCGAGUCGUUCUAUGCCACCAAGGAAGAACGGCGAAAGACAGCUCAAAGAGAGUACGAGAACCAGAUGGUUCAACGUGCACAUCUUCAAGCCUUCAUCGACAAGUUCCGCUACAACGCUGCGAAAUCAUCAGAAGCUCAAUCUAGAAUCAAGAAGCUCGAGAAGAUGCCUGUCCUCGAGGCCCCUGAGAGUGUCUACACAGUUCACUUCAAGUUUCCUGAUGUAGAAAAGCUCUCACCUCCUAUUGUGCAGAUGACCAAUGUUUCCUUUGGAUAUACGAAAGAUAAGCCACUGCUACGACACGUUGACCUCGACGUACAACUUGAUUCCCGAAUCGGUAUCGUUGGUCCCAACGGUGCUGGCAAAACCACUGUACUCAAGCUUCUUAUUGGAAAGUUGUCACCAACGUCUGGUCUCAUUUCUCAAAACCCUCGAUUACGCAUUGGCUUCUUUGCACAACAUCAUGUCGAUGCUCUUGAUUUGAAUACUAGUGCAGUAGGCUUCAUGGCUAAGAAUUAUCCGGGUAAACAAGACGAAGAAUAUCGACGCCACCUUGGAGCUUUUGGUAUCACAGGCAUGACAGGUCUGCAGAAGAUGGAACUGCUUUCUGGAGGUCAAAAAUCUCGUGUUGCAUUCGCAUGCCUUUCCCUCACCAAUCCCCAUAUCUUAGUUCUCGACGAACCUUCCAAUCACUUGGAUAUCGAGGCUAUGGACGCCCUCAGUACGGCUCUUCAGCAGUUCCAAGGUGGUGUGUUGAUGGUUAGUCACGAUGUUACUAUGCUGCAGACGGUAUGCACGAGUCUGUGGGUAUGCGACAACGGGACGGUAGAGAAAUUCCCUGGUGAUGUUCAGGCAUAUAAGAAGAGGAUCACAGCUCAAGCGGAUGCCUCAGGUGUUGUGCAAGCUCAUUAG